CCACCUCCGCCGGAAGGCGCGACAGGAAGGGGCGGGCUUUGUGCUGCCGCGGGGUCUGCGCCACCAUGGUUUCUCGUGGCGUCGUUUGCAUCUUUUUGCUCUCUGGUCUCCCUCUUUUGUGUCUGGAACUCCGGCGUGGGAUCCCGAGUCUCGGAAUUAAAGAUGUCAUUUUGCUGAGUGGCCGGAUUUUCCUACUGCUUGCUCUACUCACUUUAAUCGUCUCUGUGAUGACGUCAUUGCUUAACUCACUUAAAUCUUCUCCAGUACAUCUGAAAAAAGAAGAAGAAGAAGAAGAAAAUGAGAAAAGACAGAGACUUGUGAGAAAAACACAACAAGAGGCCCAGGGUGAAAAGGCCAGCAGAUAUAUAGAGAAUGUUUUAAAACCUCAGCAGGAAAUGAAAUUGAAAAAAAUGGAAGAGCACUUUUAUCAGAUGACAGGAGAAACCUGGAAGUUAACCAGCGGUCACAAACUUGGGGGGGAUGAAGAUUUGGUGCUUGAAAGUACGAGUCAGACAUCUUUUAAAACAUCAAACCGAGAAGCUGCAAAGAGACGGAACUUGCCUAAGCUUUUAAAGGAAAUUUCACCACCUGCUGAACAACCCUGGAAGAAAGAGAUUCCUGAUUUACCUGAAGAACCAUGUGACACAGCUGAAGAAGUAGUUACUGUUGCUCUUCGAUGUCCGAGUGGGCGUGUUCUGAGGAGAAGAUUUUUUAAAUCUUGGAGUUCACAGGUCCUACUUGACUGGAUGAUGAAAAUUGGGUACCACAAAUCCCUAUACAGCCUUUCCACUUCCUUCCCUAGAAGGCCUCUGGAAGUGGAGGGAGGCUUGUCAUUGGAGGACAUAGGAGUGACUGCAGAUACUGUACUUAAUGUGGAAGAGAAAGAGCAGGGCAACUAGCACAGAUAUAGAACUACCUUGCUCUACUUACAGUCGACUGCGCCAUGAUUGUACAGGACAGUAUUCGCAUUAAAACCAUGCCAUUCCUUGACUGAGAUUAAGGCAGUAAUACUUCAGUGUUGUUGUCCAUAGGAAUGUACCCACACAAAAAUGAGAAGGGAUUGCUCUGUGCAUAAUGAUUUGAGGACUGUGCCAUUUUAUAAUGUACCAAAGUGAGAAGGUAAAGGGUAUAUAUAGUGUGACACCCAUCUGACCAUCUCACUUCUCAGUGUGUUAAACUCAGAGCUAGACAUGGUGGCAUAUGAUUCUAACCACAGAAUUUUGUGGUUAAUUUUUUCUUUUUGGUCUUUUUGAGACAGGGUCUCCCUGUAGCCCCAGCUGGCCUGGAACUCACUAUAUAGACCAGGCUGGCCUUGAAGUAACAAAGAUCUGCUGCCUCCCAAGUGCUGGGACUAAAGGUGUGCGCCACUAUGCCCAGCUUGGGGUUACAUAGUUAAAUGCUCUAUCAAAAACAAAACAAAACCCUUAGCCUAAGACUUUGGUUUCUACUUCUUCAAUCCAGUUUACCAUACAGUAUUUCAAAAUUCCAUUAAACCCUUCAAAAUCUCUUAAGUAGGAAUGUUUAUUCUAAUUUUGAAAACGUAAAGGUUUUAAAGAAAUUUCAAAGCUUUUUAAGGUUUUAAAUGAAUUAAUGUUGACUGAUCUUACAUAAUUUUGCCUUGUAUUAAAUCCUAACAUGUACAGAGUUCCAGGUGGAACAAAGUUUUUUUAUGCAGUGGUAGCAACUGAACCUAGGACUUCAUUCAUGCUAGACAAACUAUUUUACUGAGCUACACCCCAGCCUCUGGAACAUAGCUUAGUUGCAAAACAUUUGACUAGCAUGCAGAAGGCCCUGGAUUUGAGAAGCAGGGAAAAAGUGAAAGUUGAAAAAUAAAGCCAUUAGGAUAUUAAAACAUAAAUGAUUUUUUAGAAAAGAAUGUCUAGCCGUUUUCUUUUCCUGCCCUUAAGCAUGAUACACGCAUACUCUAAGUAGAGUUUAAACUCUUAGCUGCUGUAAAGCUUUUCUGUUGUAGCCAUUCCAUUACCUUUUCCCACUUAAAGAUUUUUAUUUUUGUGUUUCUGUGUAUGUGCGUGGGUGUGCAUGCCAUGGAGGCCAGUCCAGAAGAGGGCAUCAGAGCCCCUUUAGCUCGGGGUUGCAGACAGUUGGGUGCUGGGAACCAAACUCUGGUCCUCUGCAAGAGCAGCAGGUGCUCAUAACCUCUGAGCCACCUCUCCAGCCUCCCCUCCUCCCUUGUCUGCUCACCUGACUCCUGUCAACUUACCCUUCACUUAGUUAAUGCUCCUCUGUCUUUUCUAUAGACUUUAUUAUUAUAGCCGUGUGUUUUUGUCUUCCUACAUAGAUUCAUUCAUUGAAUGCAGUGGCUGUGCUUUUUCCAUCCAGAAGCACCUACAACACAGUGGAGACUUAAUACACAUUUGAAAGUAAAUCACCAGAUGCUCCCAGCAAAGAUGCACCCUGAUUCUUGGCCUCAGGAUUUCUGAGUCUGUUUGUCGCAGCUAUUUUGAGACUGCAAUGGAAAAUCUGUGUUGUACAGGUUUAGGUCCCUGUAAACGGAGCUGCUGUAAUGAAACAAAACCUGAAGUGCCACAAAACAGGAUGAAAACCUCUGGUUUGCUAAAACUGCAGGGGAGACUUGUGGCAGUUACCUCAGCAGCACUGUCAUCAGCAGUUAGGUGGGAAGAGGAAGAUGGUGCCAAUGAAGUCUGGAAAUGUCUGUUUACCCAAGUGUAUUUUUAGCUGGAAAUGCUGGAAAAUGCUACCUGGUUUAUUUUUGCUUAUAGUGAAGUAAGAGAUAAGCUAAAAUGAAAUCACUGUAGAAGCCUUUAAAAAAAAUACAUUAUUUUUAUGUG